GCGGAGGCGGCAGCAGCGCCGGAAGUAUGGCAGCUACGUAUUUCCGGUUGUGAGCCUCGCACUGUCAUUGUUGCAGGAGCCAUGAUGAUGGGAAGUGGAAUGAAUCUGUGGCCCGGCGGGCCGACACCGGGAUCCUUAUAUUCCUUCCCUGGAGGGGACACCAGGACCGGCGAGGGGCCACACAGACACACACUGUAAGCAGGGGGCCAGGAGCAGUGUCUUCAAUAUUAUAGUAUUAGCAGCAAGGGCCCCCAGGGGCCAGGAGCAGUGCCUUCAAUAUUAUAGUAUCAGCAGCAAGGGCCCCCAGGGGCCAGGAGCAGUGCCUUCAAUAUUAUAGUAUCAGCAGCAAGGGGCCUGGGGGGAGAGGGGGGUACAGGGGGCCAGGAGCAGUGCCUUCAAUAUUAUAAUAUCAGCAGGGAGAGCCGGGGGAGUGGGGGGACAGAGGGUCCUGGAGCCCCCCAGAGAGUCAGGGAGAGGGACAGCCUGUGUGUUAUUGGGGGUCCUGGGUAGUUCAGUCUGGGAAAGGGGGAGAACCAGGAAUAGUAAAUGGAGGGGAGGGGGGUGAGAUUUGAUUACCAUUUAAAGUGUCUAAGGGAGAGGAACUAUUUGGCAUAGUAAAGGGGGUGUUUAUAACCAAGUAAAGGGUCUGAGAGAGGGAGAACCAUGCAUAGAGAAUGGGGGUCCAUGGUAAGCAAAUAUAAAAGGGUCUGGGAGAGAGAGAGAACAAGGCAUAGUAAAGGGGGUGUUUAUAACCAUGUAAUGGAUCUGGGAGAGAGGGAGAUCUUGGCAAUUGUUUAGAGGGGCUUUGGUUUCCUCAUUAUUAUUAUUUAUAUAGCGCCAUCAGAUUCUGUAGCGCUGUACAAUGGGUGGACUAACAGACAUGUAACUGUAACCAGACAACUCGACGUACAGUAACAGAGGGAUGGAGGGCCCUGCUCAAUGAGCUUACAUUCUAGAGGGAGUGGGCUAUGGUGACACAAAGGGUAAAAGUAGGGGUACGAAGUAGGUUGUUAGAAAAGUAUUCACUGAGGGCUUAGUAGGUAAUUUUUGACAGUUGCAGGAGGGGAGUCAUGGAGGGUGGGGGAUGAAAACCUGCUAACAGUUUAAUUGAUAUGUUUUCUUGAAGAAGUGAGUUUUCAAUGAUUUUUUUUAAAUGAGUGGAGACUGGGUAAAAUUCAUACGGAGAAGGGAGUUUCACAGAAGAGGUGCAGCCCUGGAGAAAUCUUGAAUGCGAGCAUUAGACGGACAGAGGAUAUAAGUAGGUCAGAGUGUAGGGGCCUCGACCGGACAUACUUGUGUAUUAGGGAGGAUAGGUAAAUUGUAAAAGUGUAAAGAGUGCAAGAAAGAUGAAAGCUUUUGGGGUAAUAUAGAAGGGUCCUGCAAUAGAGAAAUAUUGUGGGAUAGUGUGGGGGUUUAGGUGCCCCAAUUUUGAGUCAGAGAGAGAGGAAUGCCACCCAAGUGGUAUAAAGCAGGAAUGAGUAACCUUUCCUUAACAUUUCCUGUGUUGUUCACCCAGAAUUUGUCAGGCAUCACAAUGCCAGACCCUUUAGAUGAACUCUAACGCUAUGAUUUUUGGUACAUCUUUUACAGGCCAUCAACAUCUGGCCAGAGCUUAAGAUCCCUGGUGAAGGCAUUUUGAAAACAUGUGGGGGUGCCUUAGUUAGCCAUCGCUGGUAUAAAAUGGGGGUUAUGAGAGACUUUGAAAUGGGUCUGAGAGGAAGAUGACCCACUAGGUUAUGAUAUUAGAGGCCUUCCUAGUGUAUUUUGUAUAUAUGAGUUAUAGUGCUUCAAAGACCCAUAAAGUACUAUAGGUCCUGGGUCAUCUGUAAAUGGACUGGACAGUAGAAGCUUAUCAGUGAUGUAUAGUGGUCAUGAUAGCCCAAUAUUGAGUCAGUAUGAAUGACUGUAAAUGUAGUGGGAUCAAGUUCUACAGUUCUGACUGAGAAAGGAACGUGUAGAGGGUUCUGGACGACUAAAACUGACUAUUUGACGGAGAGAGCCCUGGUGAAUACAGGUUGUUAAUGGUUUCCCAUUAUUUAAUCUGUGAAAGAUGAAGUACUGGUGUUCCCAUACCAGAUCUAUCAUACAUUUAAACAUUCUUUUUCUACUUGCUUUGGCUCAGGACAAAUGUCUUAGGAUAUAAAUUGGUUUUCUAGGCCUCUGGAUUUUAGAAAUAACAUUAUAUUCAAUGAUUUAUUAUCAAGCUAUUAAAUAUUUACAUAGAUUUCUGGGGCUUAUUAAAAAAACAAACUGAAUUUGGCAUUUAAGGCCCAGUAAUGCGUUUUGUUGUUAAAUGCAUGAGUCUCAUGAAGAAAGAAAAAAUAAAAAAAUCUCCGUACAGAUUGCACAUUUGCUUUCACUUUCAUUUUUAAACCUUGUUUGAGUUUGUUCCGAGGCAGCAAUCCUGUGUAGGAGUGUGCCUGAUGCAUUUUUUUCUAAUGCACGUCAUGCAUGGUGGAUCCUGUAAUUGAAUAAAUAAAAGUCAAAAGUGCACCAUUGUUCCUUAUUCAGAAGAAUAAUUAUAUAUUGCAUGGAUGAAUUAUAAAUAAUUUUGGCUAUAUCUUGAUGAAGUUUAAGUGAGCAGUAUCUGCUAAUUUUAUUCUGUAUGGUUAACUUUUUCAAAAAUCCAAUCCAAAUCUUUGUAGGAACCCUAUGGUAACAGGAACCUCUGUACUGGGGGUGAAGUUUGAUGGGGGAGUGAUUAUUGCUGCGGAUAUGCUGGGAUCGUAUGGUUCAUUGGCUAGAUUCCGAAACAUCUCUAGGUUAAUGAAAGUGAAUUCAUGCACCAUGUUGGGCGCUUCUGGCGAUUACGCAGAUUAUCAGUACCUGAAGCAAGUCAUUGACCAGAUGAUGUAAGUUCUGAUUAUUAAACAUAUAGUUCAUAUAGUCCUUGUUUCUGUCAUGCCUGCCCAGAGGUAGUUUGUAUCCUCCUUUCUGUAACUUAUUGAUUAUAACUGGUUUUCUUUCAUAUUAUUACAUUAAGUUGAAACAGAUAUGUAUUCUAGGUGCAUUUUGUCAAGCUGUCUGGUUUUCUAGAGUGUAAGAAAGAAUUACUAAGAGGCAAUUCUUUAUCUUUUUUAUCUUUAAUUUUUGGCGUAAAUAAUAUUGUAUGUGGACUCUUUCAGAAUUGAUGAGGAGCUUCUGGGAGAUGGCCACUCAUACAGUCCUAAGGCUAUGCACUCGUGGUUGACACGUGUUAUGUACAACCGAAGAAGCAAGAUGAAUCCUCUGUGGAACACCGUGGUAAUUGGAGGUCUCUAUAAAGGAGAGAGGUGGGUCUAACCUUAUUGUUCUUUAAUAAGCCCUUUUUGUUUUCUGUAUGGAGCUAUGUGGUUGUAAAAGUUGGAUUAGAGUUGCACGCUUCUAGAUCGAGCCACUUUGUGUACUGUAAAUUGAUAGAAAUCCACAUAAUCUUGGAGCCAGGCUGGGCAAACACUCAGAUGUAUAGCCAUGGCUCCUGUAUGUUUUCUGCUUCUCACUAAGUUCUCAAUCAUGAUUAUCUGAUAAAUAUUUACAGAAAUGUGCAGAUGGGUAGGCCAUACCCGUAGGAAUAGGAUUGGCAGAAAUUAACAGAUCUCAAAAAUGACCAAAAGAUGGUUCCUGAAGAUUAUUCCAGAGUUUCUGUGAUGUAACUGUUCGAAUCAUAGAGCGGGCUUCCUGAUCAGCAAGUUCGCUAUAUUUCUGAAUAAAGGAAUACUAUAAAGUUAGCAAUACAGAUUUUUAUUCCUAACACUGUAGUGUUCCUGUCUCUACUGGUGUUUUACUCACCUUGAUCCAACUCAUAAGCUCCCUCGUCACUGCCCCGCCGAUGUUACUCUUACAGUACAGGGUUAAGGGGACAGGAACACUGCAUACAGACCACUUCAUUCAGAAGUGUUUUUUUGUUUUUUGUUUUAUAUACACUGCACUAUUAAUAUAUAUUGUUAUUCAUUGUAGGUCCUUGUGCUUAUCUAUGAUCUUUAAUGUGCAACCAUUGAUACUUUUUACUUGUCCUGCAUACUAAUGUAUAGCCCCUAUCUAGAUAAGUAAAAAGUGGACAACGAAUUUCAACUUUGAAGGAGCUGCUACAUCUCCCAUGAUUAUUUUCUACAGAGACAUCCUAGUUUGAUGUAGUUUCACUGCAAAUGGAGAGUUACCUGUGGGAUUAACCUUUAAGAAAAACCCUUCUUAAUUCAUUUGUACCUUAAAGUCUACAAUAUCCAGAUUCACAUGCUUAAACUUACAACUGUCUUUCAUUGUAUAUCUCUGUGUAGUUUCCUUGGGUAUGUGGACAAGCUCGGUGUGGCUUAUGAAGCUCCAACAAUUGCAACUGGAUUUGGGGCAUACCUUGCACAGGUGGGUUUGAGAUAUUGUUUGAAACAGAUGUUCCUGCGUCUCUUUCUGUGAUUAACACAUUUGGGUGAUUUAUAAAAGCAUAGCUGUGGGAAACCAUGAGAUUAUCUCUGAGCAUUGUUAAGUGGUUUAGUUUAGGCCUUCAACAUAUAUAAAAUUAUAGAAAGAUGUGAUAACAUUCUUAUGAUGUGUGCAGCAUGGUUUUGGGAAGGCCCAGUUUAAAAACAGGGUGAUAGAUUGCACAGCUGCUCCAGGACAAAUUCACAACUCUUUGGGAUUAGGAAAACCCAUGGAGUUAUGUAUAAAAUGGUGCUACUAAUAAUAAUAAUGUUGUGAUUCUCUAAAUAGACUUUGUCACACAGAAUACUAUUGUGACUGUUUUAUUUAACUGAGAUAAUUCAAACCACACAGAUAAAGGAUGAGGAGAAUUUGAAUGUAAGAAAGUAAUCUAAACAAUGUAUCCUAGUUUUGAAUAAUGUGACAUACCUCUUAUAUUACUUAUGGCACAGAAGACACUCAUGCAUUUUUAUGAUUGCUUUAUACCAAUCGGCUGAUAGUGUGUCACAAUUGAGCUACUUAUCUUGUGCCAAUAUUUUUAUCAUCCUUGUUUUCCAGGCCAUAAAUAAUGAUCCGAAAACAUUACAAAAACAAAUUAAUGUUUUGAGCAGAUAGCAUUUUAACUUGCUCUCAGAUCCAACUAUACUGAAUUAAGAUGGUUUAUGUCAUAACUUGUUUCCACCUAUAGCCUCUAAUGAGAGAAGUUUUGGAGUCUAAACCGUCCCUGACCAAAGAAGAGGCCCGCGCGCUGGUGGAGCGCUGCAUGAAAGUUCUUUAUUACAGAGAUGCCCGCUCUUAUAACAGAGUAAGUGCCCUGCUAGAGCAGUAAAUAUAUUCUGUAUAUUGGGCAUAAGCUGUCAUGCUAAUCCCGGUUACUUAAUUCUUGCAGUAUGAAAUUGCCACAGUAACAGAGAGUGGAGUGGAGAUCGAAGGACCCCUCAGUUCAGAAACAAACUGGGAAAUUGCGAACCUUAUCAAGUGAGAUUUUAAUUAAAUAAACUUCUAUAAUCAGUAUUACACUGCGGCUCUUUUGUUAAUCCAAUUUAUUUUCUUUUGUAGGGGGUUUGAAUAGAAUCUGAAGUACAGACCAGCUACUGCAUCAAAACUAUAUUAUUUUUCUUUUGAGUUGUCUGAAUAAAAUAAACUGUUUUUUUGUAAAUUUAAAAGAAAGCCUUUGUUUGUUUUUGUUUUCCGGAAAAGGGUACAUUCUCUAUUUUUUGCUUCCAAACCAG